CCUGGCCCCCCACAAGGUCUGAGGGGCAGUGGACCACCCCCCUGAUGGAAAAGUUUGCUGACCCCUGCAAUAGUCCUAAUCAUUAGAAGCAAAGGAGAAAAACAUCUCUGCCCACUUUCUCUACACCAUGCAUCAUUUUAUACAUCUCUAACUUACACCCCAUAGGGACCCAGGUGGCGCUGUGGGUUAAACCAGAGUCUAGGGCUUGCUGAUCAGAAGGUUGGCGGUUCGAAUCCAUGCAAUGGGGUGAGCUCCCGUUGCUCGGUCCCAGCUCCUGCCCACCUAGCAUUUGAAAGCACAUCAAAGUGCAAGUAGAUAAAUAGGGACCACUCUGGCGGGAAGGUAAACGGCGUUUCCGUGCACUGCUCUGGUUCGCCAGAAGCAGCUUUGUCAUGCUGGCCACAUGACCCGGAAGCUGUCUGUGGACAAACGCCGGCUCCCUCGGCCUAUAGAGUGAGAUGAGCGCCGCAACCCCAGAGUCGGACACGACUGGACCUGAUGGUCAGGGGGCCCUUUACCUUUUUAACAUACACCCCACUUUUUUUUCUAAAGCUCAGUAUCUCAAAACAAAAUUUCUUCGUAAAUGAGUUGCUCCAGUCCCCUGAUCAUUUCAGUUACCAUUUUUCACAUGCAGAAGUCCUUAUAAAAGCUUUUUACCUGACCCCAUUAUCUUGCCCAGAUUCUCAAAAUAGGUGAUCAGAACAGGAAAUGGGAGCACAAUUUUGGUGCUAGGUAGACACACUGAGUAGUAUGGAGGCCUGAAGGAGGAAAUGACACUUAAAGCUUUAUUGCCUUAAAAGGAGAGGGAGUGUGGCUAUCCUGAUCAUUAGCUGGUUGCUGGGAGCCCUCAGCCCCCUUUUAAACUAUGUAAAGUGCGCUCUAGCAAUUUGUAACAAGGCCUGCUAGCCAGAAAUGUGCUUCUAGCCCCUCAAAUCCUCACCAUGCUGCACUUGAGCUUACAAGACAAUUAACAAAUUCGUUAGCUGUUUGCCAAUUUUCUUAUUACUUAAUUAGUUGAUCAUAUACAUUCCUUAAAGUUCUAGUUACAGGUAGGUAGCCGUGUUGGUCUGAGUCGAAACAAAAUAAAAAAAUUCCUUCAGUAGCACCUUAAAGACCAACUAAGUUUUUAUUUUGGUAUGAGCUUUCGUGAGAUCUCAUUAUACAUGAUCAAGCUUUCCUUAGCGCCUCAGCCCUUGCUCCCCCCCCAGACCAAUUGCAGUCAUUAACAGUCGUUAACAGUCAUCAACAGGUUUACCACUCCUAUCAGCCCAUCACCCAUUCCCAUCACCCCCACCCCCUGAAUAUACAUAAGGGUCUGGCUACUUAACUGUUUCAGUGUAUCUGAUGAAGUGUGCAUGCACACGAAAGCUCAUACCAAAAUAAAAACUUAGUUGGUCUUUAAGGUGCUACUGAAGGAAUUUUUUUAUUCCUUAAAGUGUUUAACUAGGCAGGAGUAUAGGCAUAAAUAUUAACUUGUUGAGCUUGGAGUGGUUUCUUCCAUGUGUCAUUGCUGUGCAGCAUUGUAGUCAGUACUAUCCCUGGCAUUUUGUGCAUAGUAAUUGUCUUCUGUUGACUGCAUGGUCUGUGUCUCCAGGCUGCAGGCAUUAUCUUCCCCUUCCUUGGUACAGAAUUUGGGUUAAGGCCAGACACUGGAAUUUUGUCAGCAGAAGUUCCUCAGUUUAGUUUAGGCUCAUUCCUCUAUUGGUAUCUGUAACAUCUCUGUGGAGUUUCCUGCUCAUGCUAUCCCAGUUUUUUUAAAAAAAUACUCAGGGUGUAUAUAAAGAACUUUUAUGGAAGGUCCAUAUAGUUCAGUGAUAGAGCACAUGCUUUGCAUGCAAAAUGUCUAGGGUUCAGUUCCUGGCAUCUUAGUAGGGCUGGGAAAGAUUCCUGCACCAAACUGGAGAGUUCUGCCAAGCAGUGUGUAGACAAUACUGAGUUAGGUAGACUAACACUGUACUGUAGUAUGAUUUGGUAGAAGUCAAGAUUCCUUUGUUUCAAAACAUCAGCCAUGCAAAUUACCAACAUUCUUAAGAGUUAAAGGGGAAGAUCCAAAUCAGACAGUAAACUGUUUUACUAGAAGGUCCAAGUCCAUUGUUUUGACUGCCUACCAGCCUUUCAAGUUUGACUCAUUCACUCGAAUUUUGCUCCAUAUUAAUCCUGCUGUGCAGGAAGGACAGUAAUUGAACUUUGUCAGCUGCUUUUGGAGACAGCUUAAUCGCUGGAGAGGGAGGAGCUGGGGUGGAUGGGCCGGCCUCGAGAGCGUCUUCCGGGCGAGCAGUGACCAGGGUCGUCCGUUCGUAGCGAAGGAAGGGGCCAACCCUUAUUUUCCCGGCGCGAUCUUUGCUGCGCUAAGCAGUCUCCCUUGGCGGAUGCUUGCGUUAGCUGGCUGCAAACGGAGUCCGGCUGAUCAUGUGAAGCAGAUCUGCCCGCCCAGCCUCCUUCCCUCCCUGGGCUCAAGCAGGAUACCGCCUCCUCGUUCUCCCUGGCGUUAGGAGGAGCUGGCGGAGAGUGAGCUCAGGCUUUCUUCGGCGACCAAUAGCUUUGCCACACGAGGCUUCGGACUGAACUCGGGAGUCGCUGCUUCUGCUUUUGGAUGUGACCGUGCGCCUCCCUCUUGGGUUUGGGCGCAGUUGUUUCCAGUUCAGAUUCGCGGGGGCUCCGGAGAGCGCGCAAGAAAAGGAGUUGGGUGGGGGUCGAAAUUCGGGUCUCCAUCUUAGGAGGCUCCCUAAUCAAAUUGGAUCUAAUUGGUGAGACUUUCUGCAGCUUCUUCACACUAGCACGUCUUUCACUUUGGAUUACUUCGGAAACUUUCAUUAAAGGAACGCCCUUCCCUUGUUCAGGGAGCUGCUUGCCUCGCAUGGAUUUGUGCCCCCUUCUGGGUAUUGUUUUCGCGCCGGCUGUCUCUAAGCCUUGGCGUUUCCAGGAGGGGCCUCUGUUGUGGAUUGUUUUUGUUUCUAUGGAGAAACGCAAUGAGCUGUUCUACUCCUCAUGACGGGGAAAUCCGCCUUCAGUUUUUUAUACGCAUGGAAAGGAGUCCUUGAUACAUGCCUGCCAGGAAAUAAAACCAGCAAAAGAAAAGGUAGCAUUUCUUACACUGGCAUUGUUAGGCGCUGGGCCUCAGUGAGAUUUGUGAAAGCCAGCAGUUGCUUGGGAUAUUGCAAAUGGUCAGUUUUCCUUGUUUGGCAUGGUAUCAGAAAGAUCUUUCGUUUUUCACUUGAUGAGUACACUAGCUGAUCCUGUAUAGGUUUGUUGCCCAUGUUUUAUUUUUCUUUACAUUCACUACAUGUUUGGAAUGUAGCUCCCCUUCCCCCUCAAAAUCCAACUACAGUACUACUGGGGAAAAACAUACUGUAUGAAUGCUCAUCAUAUAAUCCAUGCAGGUUUGCCCUCUUUUCAUUACCAAGGCACCUGUUAAGGAAAUCAGAUUUGGAGGCUGGAUUUGAAUGCAUUUUCCUUCUUGAACCCCUACCAAGUUUUGAUCCAACAUUCAAAUGCUUCUGUUUACUCAGCAUGAUCAAAAUAUUUUUGGGGAAACAAGGUACGGAAUUUUAGUUUGUUUGCCUGCACCUGAACUUUUUAUAGAAUUUUUCCUUUCAGCUGGAGCAGACAUUGUAGUAAUACUUUGCACGGUGGAAUUUGGGGGUGUACUAGUGAGAAGGAUAACAUAGUUGAGCUCCUCGUGAUAAUCUGAUUCUGACAUGGAUUUUUGUAUUGCGGGUAUCAAGACACAAUAUGAAACUGGUGCAAUCAGAGUCACUUAAAAUUUAUGGAUGUUAGAAAUUGAUACAGAAUUGGGCGGGAUCUGGCAGGCUCCAUGAUGGUGGGACAGGAUCCAGCACUUACCCACACUUGUAUGUGGUGUGCAGAACCUACUUAGUGAGUCACAGGCUACCCUGGAAUUCCUUAGAGAUCCACUUUCUACGCCCAGCACCCCAGGCUGUUGUAUAUAUUAUGCCCACUUCAUAUUUAUCUGUGUUGCUUUGUGUAAAGGUUUAUGUGGGUGAAAAAGACCUUGGUUAUAACUUCAGCUGUAAUUGGUGUGAACACUGCUCACUUAAAUUUUUAUUCUAUGGAAUUAAUGUAGCAGAACAAUUAACAUGGCUUUAAAAAAUAGACAUAAUGAGUCAACUUGAAAGUCUUUUUCUCUUGCACUAUUUGCCAUGUGUUAAUAAAGGAGAUGGUGACACAGUAAAAUAGGGUUUAUUUACUUAUUUGAAUCACAAUAUAGUGUCCAAGCCUGCAGCCAGAACUUUGUCAAGAGUCAGGGCUAUAUUUUGUUCCAAGCUGGUGCUGAUGGCGUGCAGAAGAUGAAAAUAGCUAUCACUACUACUACUUCCUUUCUUUUUUGAAACGGCAGCCUUGUGCAUUGUAGUAGAGUAGCAGAGGUGAAUAAAACUCUCAGAUGGCUAUCAAAAAGUACAACUACCUCCAACAUUUGGUUGUGUUCUGUUGGUGACUUCAGGAUUGUAACCAUUUCACUGCAGAAGCAUCUACACACAAUUCUGUUGCAGUUUUGUUUAUGUUGUUCUUUCCCUCCCUCCUCCAUUUUCUUCUGGUUGCUCACUACUUGACGCUGCAAAAAUGUUGUUUUUACCAUGCAAGCCCUUGUAAUGCAUAAGGAGGCAUAUGUACUUAGAAAAUACAUGACUGUUGGUCAGUAGCUUCAACACUUUAAUUCUGGUCUUACAGGGAUGCUUACAACUAAUUCAGAUUGAACACCAAAUUAUCUACCAGGUGGUAGGAGGGACCCAGGUGGCGCUGUGGGUUAAACCACAGAGCCCUAGGGCUUGCCGAUCAGAAGGUCGGCGGUUCGAAUCCCUGCGACAGGGUGAGCUCCUGUUGCUUGGUCCCAGCUCCUGCCAACCUAGCAGUUCGAAAGCACAUCAAAGUGCAAGUAGAUAAAUAGGUACCGCUACAGCGGGAAGGUAAACGGCGUUUCCAUGUGCUGCUCUGGUUCGCCAGAAGCGUCUUUGUCAUGCUGGCCACAUGACCUGGAAUCUAUACGCCGGCUCCCUCGGCCAAUAAUGCGAGAUGAGCGCCGCAACCCCAGAGUCGGUCACGACUGGACCUAAUGGUCAGUGGUCCCUUUACCUUUACUAUCUGUAGUAAAGUGUGGACACUGUGAUGGGCUAACAGCUGUCAAACAGUGAUAAGGUAUUCUUGAGAGCACAGCUGUAGUUUAAAAAUGGGUCAUUGGGGGGUGUUUUUUUUAAAUAAAGCUUUUAGAUAUUAACAAGACAUAGGUACAGUAUACCCAGUAGAAAUUGAGAAAGGUGCAUCAAAGUCUAAUACUUUAUGACAUAACUGUUAGUUCUUUGGUUCUUGGAGAACAAAGGAGACAGACUAUUGAUUGAAUUGCAGUACAAAUAAUUUGAAUCUUUCAAGGUUCUAUUUUUUUAGUGACAAAAUUCUUAAUAUUUGAGUUUUGUUUGGGCUUUACAGAUCUCUUAUGAAACAUAUAAGAAGUCAAAACAAAUUCUCAUAUUAACUCACUACUUGGAGGUAAAGUUUGCACAGUACACUUGGUAAACCAGCAGUUUCAGUUAAAUCUUGCCUAGUAGUCAGAGCAUUAUGGUGUUGACUUCAGUGUUCACAGAACAAGGCCACUUCUCUUCUAGCAAAACCCUGCCAAAAAGGAGAGAUGAGACAUUCUGAACUGGCAUAGGGUAAAUUUUGAUUAUUUUUUGAGGUUGUGGGUUUUAAAAAUGGGUUGUCCCCAUUAAUAUUAUAGGCUCUCUUAUUGAUUGAUUUUAUAUAUCAAAUAAACUCAACUAAAAUAUACUUUUGUCCUAAAACCCAGGAUAAGAUGCAACAAUGAAUACAUAAAACAAUCAACCAUGAAUGAAAGAAAAAGUCAACUGUACAUAAAAUAGUAUUAUGAUUAUAUAUUUAUACUUGUCACUUUUUUCAAGGCAACUUGCAGUACAAGAACAAACAUUAAAACCAAACAGAAGAAUAAGACUAAAACAAGCACUUAAAAUGCUCAUUCAUAAAAAUAUAUAAAAAGGACAUAUCCAACCUACUCCACUAAAAGGAUGAGCACAAAAGUAGGCUAAAAACAACAACCACCUUCCAAAUUAAGAGUCAAAAGCCUGGGCAAAUAAAAACAAUGUGAUAGUUCCAGGCAUAACCCCCUGGGGAGAGCAUUUUACAAGUAGAGAGUCUCCACUGAAAAGGCUCAUUCUUGUAUGUUCACUCUGCAUCUCCCUUAGAAGGACACAUAGUGAAAGGUGAUGGAAUGCAGGGUCCAGAUUAGUUCAUGUGGAGAGAGGUGGUCAUUGAGGUAUUGGGGUACUGCACCUCCUAAGGCCUUAUACAUGUGAAACUCGGAAAAUUAGAAUAUCGCCGAAAAGUGCAUUGAUUUCAGUAAUGCAACUAAUUAUUUUUUAUUUUUAUUUUUACAAAGGCUUUCUUUUGGAAAUUCCACAGUAAUAAAACAAAUAGUUACAACAAUACAAAAAACAAAAAUAAACAUCGCUAUUACAUUUCAUUAAUUACAUUCCAUUUAUAAUUGACCUGCCUAACGACAAAUAAUUACAAUUACAACAAACACAGGCUUGACAUAUCUUGCUUUGCAUGUCAUGCAUCUAUCUCAUAUAUUGGUUUCACCUUUUAAGUUGCAUUACUGAAAUAAAUGCACUUUACAACAAUAUUCUAAUUUUCCGAGUUUCACCUUUAGGUCAAAACCAGAGUUAAACUUGGCCACCAGUGCAGUUGUGCCAAAAUUGAUCUUAUAUUCUCAAACUGUCCUGCAAUAUGGCAGCUGAAUUUUGCACUAGCUGUGGUUUCCAAACCAUUUUCAAGGGAACCCAGCCACACAACAAAUUGCACUAAUCCAGGGGGCAGCAAACUUUUUCCGCAGAGGGCCGGUCCACUGUCCCUCAGACCUUGUGGGGGGCCGGACUGUAUUUUGAAGAAGAAAAGAAUCCCCCUCCCUUCUCUACAGCACUGGAUGAGCCCCGGUGGCUGCUUACCUAUGCCUUGUGAGUGGCAGGGGUGGCAGCGGCGGAGGGACGAUGAGUGGCGCAAAAGGGCUGGCUCCGGAGAGGGGCUGCUUAAAAUGGUGCUCAGCCAACCGCGGCACAACAAAGCCCAGCCCCCUUCCUCCUCUAGGCAGGGUGGGGGAGAAGCCAGGAGGAGGGAGGGAGGAGGUGCUGUCGCGGUGUGUAUGUGUGUGUGUGUGUGUGGGGGAAUGGCACAGCCCAAAUGAUCAGAAUCCCCACAGCGAUCAACGUGGCGAUUCCUGGACUGACUGUGGGCUGGAUCCAGAAGGCGAUUGGGCCGGAUCCGGCCCCCGGGCCUUAGUUUGCCGACCCAUGCACUAAUCUAACCUAGAAGUUACCAUAGUGUAUACAAAACAAGUUAGUCUAUCUGGCCAGAGAGGGGCGUAGAUAGUUUGUACCACUGAGGCCACUUGUGCCUCAAACUACAUUACUGGAGCCAGAAAUGCCUAUGAGCUACAUGCCUCCCUCACUGAGAGUGUAUCCCUACCCAGAUCAGGCCAAGCCCCACCCAUGCAAUCUGGGAACAGUCUGUCAGCAGGUUCUGGGUCCUUGUUGGAUAUUGUAAUUUUACUCAUAUUAAAAUGUUGUGAGAGUUGGCCCAUAGGAAAACUAGUUGAUUUCUCUGGUCUUCCAGAAAUGAGUUCCAUAGAUAACUGAAGGUUCUGAUUGGGUCUGUAAGAUAAUUGGGACAACCUGGUAUUUGUCAGUGGAUAUAUUUAUUGCAUUGCAGAUUAAUUUGGUAAAAAGUGAGGCAAUGUGCUUAUGUCUAAAUGAUCAUUCAGAGUUGAAUGUGACUUGUUCAGUGGCGUAUUGAAAUGUGUGAGAUAGCUGAGCUUGCCUGUUCUGGUGCCCAGCUUCUAAGCAUAUCCGUAGUGGUAAUUACCUUGCAAGGCUUACAAGAUGGGAAGAUGGGGAUGCUGAAAUGAACAUUUGACUCUUCCCACAUUGGAUUAUCUACAUGUCAGAAAUGAGUCGUCAAACUGCUACAGCGCUUCCCACGGGUACCUCCAAGUGCACACCAUCACAGAGGGUGCCUGCAUUGACUGGUACCACAGCUUCCAACAAUGACUUGGCUAGUCUCUUUGAGUGUCCUGUCUGUUUUGACUAUGUACUGCCACCUAUUCUGCAGUGCCAAAGUGGCCAUCUUGUUUGUAGCAACUGUCGUCCCAAGCUCACAUGCUGUCCGACCUGCCGAGGCCCACUGGGUUCAAUUCGUAACUUGGCUAUGGAAAAGGUUGCCAACUCUGUACUGUUUCCUUGUAAAUAUGCCUCCUCUGGCUGCGAAAUCACUUUGCCCCACACUGAAAAAGCAGACCAUGAAGAGCUUUGUGAAUUCAGGCCUUAUUCGUGCCCAUGUCCUGGUGCUUCUUGUAAGUGGCAAGGCUCUCUAGAUGCUGUCAUGCCUCAUCUCAUGCACCAGCAUAAGUCAAUAACGACGCUACAGGGAGAAGAUAUAGUUUUCCUUGCUACAGACAUUAAUCUUCCUGGUGCCGUUGACUGGGUUAUGAUGCAGUCUUGUUUUGGCUUUCACUUCAUGCUUGUAUUGGAGAAACAGGAGAAAUAUGAUGGUCACCAGCAGUUCUUUGCAAUUGUACAGCUGAUAGGAACACGGAAACAAGCUGAAAAUUUUGCUUAUCGACUUGAGCUAAAUGGUCAUAGGCGACGAUUGACUUGGGAAGCAACUCCUCGAUCAAUUCACGAAGGGAUUGCAACUGCCAUCAUGAACAGUGACUGUCUAGUCUUUGACACCAGCAUUGCACAGCUUUUUGCAGAGAACGGCAAUUUAGGCAUUAAUGUGACGAUUUCGAUGUGUUGAAACCGCGAUCUGACGUUUUCAGGCCAGUGUCUAAAAACAACCCACAGCAUUCAGUUUCAUAACAAAGGUAAACAUCUUUGACUGCCAGAUGUGAACAGUUUGGUAGGGAGAGGUUAGCAUAUAUGAAGGUAAAUUAAUAGGAAGGCUGUUAAAGUACAGGAAACAGUUGCAUGUAAUAACACUAAUAUAUUUAAAAUAAGUCAGCAGUAAACCACUGAAUGAAUAUAUAUAUAUAUAUAUAUAUAUAUAUAUAUAUAUAUAUAUAUAUAUGCGUGUAUGUGUGUGUAUAUAUAUAUAUAUAUAUUCUACCCAAAAUGGGCAUCUUUUUGUAUUAAGAACUGAUUCAAUGAAAUGUGUUGUAAAAUAAUUCUAAACUUGUUUGUAGAUUGAUUGUAUGUUUGGAACAGAUACUGUUUUGUGUUUAAUUUGUAUUCUUUUCCUUUGACUGACAAGCCAUGCAAGGCGGUCCAGUCUCUGGCCGCUACUUCCCCCUAUUCUUCCUCCUCUCCCACUGCGUAAGUCACUACAUAGUAUUGCUGCUGUUCUUGUGUAAAUCUUCUGUGUAUUUGCUAAUUUUUAUUAACUUCUAGUUUUUCAUUAAAUAAAUGAUUUUUUCUUUUAUGUAAUUCAGGUUUUUCCUUUUUCCUUUUUUUGACCCUUUGAGAUUAAUUACAGGUGUCCAUUUUCUGAUACUUAUAAUUACUUAUGGUAAAGUGUAUACUUCUGUAUGUUUGGUAUCAUUUUUAGGGGGGUGCAAUCCUGCCACUGGUUAUAUAGUACAGAUAAGUCCUGUGGACCUAUAUGGAACUUAAACCUGAGUAACUCUGCAAAGGAUUGAAGUCCUUAGUCUUUUUCCAGUAGUUCAUUCAAUGAUACUGUUGUUCAUUCAGCUAUUUUUGUGAACAUAACAGUGUCUAAAAAGGGGCAACAUUGAACUGAUUCCUAAAACGGCUUCUUUUAAAUUGUAGAUGCCAUUGUAUUUUGAGUUCAAGCAUAACUGCAGAUUUGUUUGAGAAUGUUCUAAUUUAAAAAAGUGGAAGGUCAGGCACAUUUUCAAAUGACUUUAGAGACCUUUAGACAUUUUGAAGUCAUUCUUGUAUUUAUUGGUUGUGCAGUACAAGAAGGCAUUGUCUAUACAGUAUUUGUAACUAUAAAUUACAGACCAUUUGUUUAAAUGAGGCAGUUGAAAUAAGCUGUUUUUUGGUCUUUUUUAAAUUCUGUCAUUAAAAGAAUUCCUGGCAAACUGAAAACUCUUUUAAGUGAUUUUUUUGCCUUAACGGAAUAGAAGCUCACUUGAAUGCAACAUUGCUCAGAAUUCCUUGUUCCUUUGUCCAAGGAUAUGCUGCCUGUUCUUGCACAAGAGGAACACUGAUAGUGUUCCUAGCUUCUAGAGGAGUUCCCAGUGGUAGUGGUAGUGGUGGUGGUGGUGGUAGUAGCAGCCAUUCUUUGACCUGACCUAUUUUCUGGAACAUUAAUGGUUGGGAUUUCUGGGAUUCAACAUGCAGGGCUUAGUGCUGCAUCUACUUUCCAGAAAUGUCAACCAAUGUGAUAUUUCUUUUGUGUUUACUUUUGUUUUGCCAAUGGGAUCCGUGCCAAGGCUCUCUUAAUUUUUGUGCAGAUUACACAGAUGAACACUGUGCAUGUCUUAAAAAUUUUCCUGAGGGAAGUGCUUGUGAAAGAUUAAAAGUAAUUUAUAAGGAUUCCUUUAAUAGAAGGGGCAAGCAGGAAUCAGUGCAAGAAUGGGGAAUACUCUGUCUAUUCAACAGCUGGAAUAGCACUGUGGUGGGAAGGGGGUCUAGGAAGCAGAAGGCUGCUGGAUGCAGAUAAGUGAGGCACAAAAAAAACCUCAUUUUACCAAGACCCACAAGGCAUGCUUCAGCACAAUGCAGAUAUGGAACUGGGCGGAGGGUUUGAAUACACUGUAUGAGGGGUACUUCUCCAUGUCUGCUGUGGCUGAAUCAGUCUUGUAACUAAGCUCAGGAGAGUUACUAGUCUGUCAUAGGCUAGCAGAGGAGGGCUAUAGCGCUUUCUGUGCUAGGUGAGGUGGCAGUGGGAUUUCCUUUUUCUGGCAGCCCAAUGAUUUCUAUACUUUGUGUAGAGGAAGAAUGAAGCACUCUGUCCUCCUGGUAAUCAGCCCAGUCACUCUCCUACAUGCAAUUCCUUGGUUAUCGAAGUACUUAAAUACAAGGCUGAUCUUGCCCAUCCCCCCCCCACAAAAGCUGCUAUGUUAUAUGUAAAUAUUUAGUUGUAAUCUAGAAUUCAAUAGAUUGUAAUUGCUUUAACAGGUUAUUGGCUGUGUUACUAAUUAGUUUUGACUUCAAAGCAGGUAUGAAAUGAGCAGCUGCAUUAAGGUAAGUGCCAUUCAGCCUGUUGCUUAUUAAGCUUGCUUAAAAAUACUAGUCACUAUUGCUUGGUUCUGUCUCUGAUGUUGGAGGCAGUAUGUCUGAACACUAGUUGCUGGGAAUUUCAAAUGGGUAAAGCACUGCUGCAUUUUGGUCCUGCUUGUGGGCUUCUUCCCACAAGCAUCCGGUUGGCUGCAGUGAUAACAAAGUGCUGGACUAGUUGGGGCAUUGUCUUGAUCCAGCAGGACUUUGCUCACUUGAAGGUGUAAUGUACACAUAACAUAA